AUGAAAAUGGUAGAUACCAAAAACCAAGCCAACGUCAAAUUCGAAAAAUAUAAGCCAAUAUCGAAUGCAGGGAGAUGCAAAAAUCGUGAAUCCAAUUUAAAUGCGAAAAGAGGUAAAGCCAAUGAACGCAAAGAGAAGAAAGCUAGCGAAAGCAAAGAGAGGAAAGCUAGCGAAAGCAAAGAGAGGAACCAACAAACGCAAAAGAG